AUGACACGUACAAAUACUAAUAUUGAAAAUUCACCGUCUCGUACAUCAUCUUCAUCGUCAUCAGCUAUAGCACAAUCAUCAUCAACUGAACCAAAAGAUAUUAUAAAUCAAAAUGAAUUAACAAUACAAAAACUUUUACUUGAAUUACAAGAUGAUCUUCAACAAACAAAAGAUUGUUAUAAUGCAAGUCGUGAUUCAUGGCUUUCAAUUGAACAAAAAUCUUCAACAUUAUCGGAUGAAAAUACAAAUUCACAAUUAUUAAAAACUAAUUUUACACAAGCACUUACAAGUGUUCAAAAUGAGAUAGAUAUGUAUAAAAAAACUUUAUCAAAAAUUUCUCAAAUUCGUCAAUUACAAAUUGAUAUUGCUAAUGUUACUAAAAAUCAUACUGAUAUUAAUCGUAGUCAUACAACACGAAGAGGUUUAGCUGAUCUUCUUUCACAUAUGGCUUAUAUUUUAAAAAUUUGGUAUGGAAAUGAAUAUACAGGAAAUUGUUCAAAUAAAGGUGAUGUUCCACCACCAUUAUGUAGUGCUAUACCAGCUGCAUCUAAUCAUGUAUGUAAUGUUGGUGAUCUUAUAGCAGGUUUUGUUGAAAGUGAUGACGGUGAUGAAAAUUGGAUAUUAGCUGAAGUUGCUUAUGUACAUCCAAAUAAAACAAAAUAUGAUAUUGUUGAUAUUGAUCCUGAACCAGGUAAAGGACAUUAUUAUAAUAUCAAUAAACGACAUAUUAUACCAUUACCACAAUGGCGUGCUUGUCCAUUAACAUGUCCUCAAGCAUUAUUCUCACGACGUACUGUUGUACUUGCACUUUAUCCUCAAACAUCAUGUUUUUAUAAAGGCAUUGUAGAAAGUAUACCAAGAAUAGGAAAAGAUUCUUAUAGUAUAAUAUUUGAAGAUUCAUCUUAUAAUAGUGGUUAUUCACCAGAAUUUGAUGUACCACAAAUGUUUGUUAUUGCUUAUAAAGAUGUAAAAAAAUAA